AUGAAAACACCAUCCGCCACGACCCGCAGCGCAGCUCGCGAGCGACAGCUCCUCGCCGACCGCCUCUCGAAGCGCAAGGCGCGCCUGGCGUACGUCGCGGAGCGUAGCUCGCUGCAGAGUGCCGUCGAGGCCCUCACGCUUCGGUACUUUGCCAUCAAAGGCACGCUACUCCCUUGGCACGACAUUGUCGUCGCUCUGCGCGAGUCCUCGGAUGCGAGCCUGCUCGAGAACUGCGCGCUGCGCACAGAGGCGACCAAGACAAAUGCCAUUGUGCAGCGAUUGCGCCAGUGGUUUCAAACCAUGGAAGCACCACAGCGGCUCCCCGGGUACUUGUCGCGCGGCGCGGUGUUGGAUGUGACGCUGGUCGCUGAGCCGUCGACGCGCCGACUUGGCUACGACUGGAUUUCCAAACAGCUCUACCACGGCACGUCGGUGCAGCUGAGCCCGCGCCUCUUUCCGUAUGUGUACGAAGACUCGAUCAAGGUCGAGUGGGGCGUCCGUGGGCGCAAGCUCGUGUUGCAAAAAGUGAUCCAGGCCAGCCAAGAGGUCGUCGCCAAGGCGUUAUGGGCAGUCAACCGAGCAGUGGCGACCGAAGCCUUUCCGGUCCCGGACUCUGAGUGUAACAGUAGCAUGAAGGUGCUGCGUAAAGAAGUGACUAUCUCGGUCAACUCGCGCUUGCUGCGCACCGUCAACUGUCUCGAGCACCGAGCGGCGUUUGAGUCCGUGCUUGACUAUGUCAAGGUGCUGUACCCAGACCUAUACGAUCGCGAAGUCGUCGAGUACGCAAUGCAGGCUGCCGACACAGCGUUCCUCGAGCAGCACAUAAGCUGGUUCUUACUGCAGCGUGCUGCAUGGAUCGCAACCGACUACUUCAAACACUUGGAGCGCGUGCUGGCGCGCCCGACAGCUUUCCGAAUUAUGUCAAUCUAG